UUUUCGUUAAUCUCAAUCCUUUUUUUUCGACAGUGUAUAGGUAUUAUAAUAAUGAGUUUAGAAGUUGAUGCAAUAAACGAGGUGGCCCUGACUGCCGGGGAUACUUUUCUCAUGUUGAUGGCAACAGCAUUUAUGAUAGGAACUGCAAUUUUCAUAAUAAGUUACAUAUUUUCACCUGUUUCUGAAGCUAUUAUUGGAAAAACUUUCUAUGAAAUUAUUUACAAUUCAUGUGCCUUAUUUUUUUUAUUAAUUGCUUCCAUUACUGUGAUUGCACAAGAAAGUAAUAGAGCCUUCGGAGCAAAAUUAGCUUCAGCUAUUUUGGGAUUGAUUGAUGGUAUUUUGUAUGCUCUAAGCUUGGCGCUAGCAGUGAAAUAUAAAGUUUAAAACUUCAUAACAACUCUACAACAAAAAUUUAAUGCGAAUACUGUAAUUUCAAGUUUUGUAAAGACAGUAAUCAAAAGUAAAUUUAAAUAUAAUGUGUAACCGAUUGUUAAAAAAAGUGUAUUGUGUAAUAUUGCGAUAACUUCCAACGUUAGCGAUUGGCUAUUAAAUAUCUUCGCUAAUGUAACCAUUUUUUAUCUAAUAAAAUAUCAAUUAUUCUUCUAUUAACA